CGGGACGGCGAAGGCGCAACAUAGCGCGCGCCUCGUUACGUUCUUCUCGCGUUCUCGCGGGGUUGGAAACUCGGCUCAGUUGGAUCGCGACACCCUCCGCCGAAGGGUCGGGUGCGACAGGGUCGCUCGUUUGUGGUGAUCCGCGAAAAUCCGACCGAUGCGCGUCGCAGAGUGGCUCUCUUCAUGGACAUCCCCACUUUUAUCCUCCUCGAGAAUAAAUGCAACGCGAUAAUCGAUGACGACAACGAUUGUCACGAAACAAUUUUAAUUAAUUGUAGAGAAACAUAUUGUAAACGAGAUAUCAAGGGUUAUUCGAUCGAGGAACGAGACAAUUAUCUUUCAUUUUUGUCGAAAGAUCCGUGACCCGUGAAAAAGAAAAAAAUGUUUUGACUAUGCGAAUUUAUAUGUAAAGUGCGCUCUCGCAGAGUCGCGCGAUUUAAUGAUCGGUAAAUGUCCACACCGGGAGCGUGAUAAACCACGAAUUGAUUUCGAGCAUGAACUCCAUUGAAACCGUGAAGCUAUUCUCUUCGAGGGACUAGAGGCUGGGACUAGAUUCUCCUGGUAGGCAAAAGGCAACAAACAGAUCGAUAUGCCGAUGAUCAAUCACGCGCGCGACGAGUCACUGUAAAGAGAACUCGAAAUCGUCAUCGAGGCACGUGGUGUUUCGCGAUCAUCGGCUGGACGAAACGAGAACCAAGGUCGUCGUGGUGGCCGGUGGCGGUGAGAGCAAGGUCGUCAGGGUCGCGGAAUCGCGAGGAGGAUGUGGAGGAAGGACGCGACCAGGCUGGCCAGGCUGAUCGUCAUCGCCACGCUGAUCUCCCUGACCGUCGACGGGACCGCCGCCGGAAGUUGCAGCUCGGCGAAGCUUUGCUGCCAGGGCAGAGACUCGGGCUGCGUCAUUCAGAAGGAGUCGCCGAACGCGAUCAUCGAGAGCCCGCGCGACAAACCGUGCUACUGCGACCACGCGUGUCUCAAACUCGCCGAUUGCUGCGACGACUUCAAGGAGACCUGCGGUGGUACGUGCGAUCUUGCACGCCGACCUUGCACGAAAAGCCCUGAAGAGCGGGUUAUCUUCGAUUGUAUCUACCGCGACGUGAAAUUCUUGACGUCUGUCUACCGUUGCUCGGUCCUAGGCGAUUACGUUUCAUUUGCCGCAGGUGUGACGCUUCUUGCGCUUUUUCCGGGCGACGGCAACAGUACGGAUGUAAGGAUCAAGGAUAGGACCGUCGAUAAAAGAGGCAGCUGCAUCGCUUUCACCGUUGUGCGGGUCUCGCGGGGUUGCAGCAAAAUUUCGGAUCUGCUCUCCGAAGGUUCGCGAAUCUGCGUGGAGCGUCCCAGUAACGACAGCUUGGACAAGUACGUGGGGAUCGGUAGAUGGAAGCUGUCGCCUGACAUCGCCGGUAGCAGCAAUCGGCGCAGUCGCUCGACGAAUUCGACCUGCCACGGAAAAUGGAUCGGCGAUUCGCGGCUGCUGGUGGAUUGUCACGAUCCGCGAUGCUCCCAAUCGAGCCGAAUGCCGCCGUACACCUCGCAAUUGUUCCGAGAUCGACGUCGCAGGGGCGCGAGCAGCAACGGUGGCGUCAGCAGUACGGAUAAAGUCGUGAGAAGACGAAGGAGAGGCAGACGACGGAAGAGAAGCAGAAGAAGAAGGCGCGCCGUCGCUGUCAUGGAACGGUGAACGUCCCCCGGGGCUCUGUCACAGCUCCCGCGAGUGUCAUCCAUGUUUAGAACUCCCC